AACACUCGUCCACGAAUAGCCUCCCGCAGUACUGCCAAAGUGGAAAUAGUGUCAAGAUAACAGAUUUUUGGGGACGAUACAAAGUGUUUACUGAUCAACGCAUUUGCGCUGGAAAAGAAUGGGGGAGUCGAGCUUGAGUGUCAGUGCACACAGCAUACGCGUGCCAGAACUGACUGUGGACGGAGACACCCUGGUCUUCACCAUCACCUCUCAGAAGGUGAACAGUGACAAAGGGGUGUGUGUCUUCCGCACAUUUGAAGACUUUGAGUGGCUGCAACAGAGUCUCUUCGAUCAGGAGGACGUGCCUGGACUACAGGGAAUCAUUUUUCCACCUCUUCCCGGAAAACCAUUACCAUCUUCUCAGCCUCAAGCACAAGCCAAAGCCCUGAAACAACUUGGCUGUCUGGCCCUUGAAGAUGACUGGAAGUCGUACUGCAGGGCCCUGGAGAUUUACCUGCAGCAGGUGGCCAGUCACACCACCCUCAGCAAGAACAAGGCUCUGGAGGGGCUGUUGACUAACUCAGAGGCUCCAGGGAAACAGCGAGUGCAGAAAGGCAUUUUCAGCCGCCUCAGCCAGGCUAUGGGGGAUAUGAGGAAAGAAAACCACAAGGAUGUUGAUGACUUUUUCCAAAAUGAGAGAAGUAACAAUUUGAACAUGACUGGCUACAGCAAGGCAGCCUCUGAGAAAUUCCUUGAGGUUGUGCUGACAGAGCAGAGGUUAGCUGUUGCCUGUGGACAUCUUUCUACAUCCCUCCAUCUGAAUGCAAGUCAGGAGGGUGCGGAAGCUGCCAAUUUCUCCAAAAUUUGCAUGAAGUUAUCAGAAGUAAUUGAUGCCGCCAAGAGGAAUGUGGAAAAGGUGGCUGAGAACGAUGUAUCCACGUUGGGUUUUGGUUUAGAGAUGGACUACCGUGGCCAUGAGGCUAAGAGGGAGAUGCUGCUCAGAAGAACUUCCAAACUAGUGGAGCUGGAAGCAGCCGUGAAGAAUGCAGAGAGAGCCAAACCCAACAAGAAAACUAUUAUGGAUGAGGUCAAGAAGGUGAUCGAGAAGGAUUUUGGGAAGAUCUCUUCAGUUGCCAAAGAAGAGAUUGAGCGCUUCAACGCAGCCCGUGUGCAUCUGCUGAGAACAGCUUUGGUUGACUGGUGUGAGAAACAGCUGAAAACGGCCAAAGAAGACUAUGAGCUUUUCUCCAAGCAGCUAGAAGCCUGUGAACAGCUGCACUGUGACUGAACA